AUGCAGAUUUGGUACGUACCUGCCAUAGUUUUACCCAGUCAAGACGACGUUGUAUUAACUUGUAAGCUCGCAGAUAAGGCAACACUAAGAGGUACCUACCGCUACUCCGAUGGCCCGGAGCGGCAACGCCCGGCCCAUCUUGUCGUUGGAUCUUUCAAAUCAUCCAACCAAGACACCCGGUCAGCUGAUGUCUUGCCUGGUAGGCUAGGGCAUCAUGUCCGAACGAGCCGAGCCGCCUUUCUUCAUCUCAUCGCCGCUCGGAUCUACCGUAUCUACGAUUAGAAAUUAGGGCCCUUACAUUUUGCAUCUUAUCUAACUGGCGACCUCGUACCACCGGGACGCCGGUUGAGUAAAUCCGCUACUUUUCUCAACGCCAGAGGACGAGACUCACGUUUAC